AUGACCGUCCCCAGCAGCAGCCAACUCAAGCCCAUCGACGUCGGCCUCAUGGGCACCGGCGAGUACACCACCGGCAUCACCCCCGGCGGCCAGUCGAAGAGCGACAAGAAGAUUGGCGUCGUCGGCGUGACCAUGUUCGACCUCCGCCGGCGCGGCAAGGUUGGCAGUGUCCUGAUGGCGGGCACGAACGGAUCCAAGUUCCCCCAGGUGCGCGAGCACUUUGCCCGCAACGUGGCUUCCGUGUACAAGGGUCUUGACUGCGACUUCCGCUCCUUCCCCGACGAGGGCAAGGUCGACGCCGAGGCGUACAAGUCUGCCAUCAGCGAGCUCUCCCCCGGCUCAGCCGUUAUCAUCUUCACGCCCGACAGCACGCACUAUGCGAUCGCAAAGGAGGCGCUCGAGGCGGGCAUGCACGUGCUCGUGACCAAGCCUGCCACUCAGAAACUGAGCGAGCACCAGGCCCUCGCCAAGCUGGCAGAGGAGAAGGGCCUGGUCUGCUUCGUCGAGCACCACAAGCGCUUCGACCCCGCGUAUGCCGACGCACGCGCUCGUGCCAAGAAUCUGGGUGACUUUGGAUUCUUCAGCAGCUACAUGUCGCAGCCCAAGCUGCAGCUCGAGACGUUCAAGGCUUGGGCUGGCAUCGACUCGGACAUCAGCUACUAUCUCAACUCACACCACGUCGACAUUCACUGCUGGAUUGUGAAUGGCCGUUUCCGCCCCGUCCGCGUGACGGCCAGCGCGGCCGCGGGCGUGGCCAAGGACAUGGGCUGCGACCCCCGCACCGAGGACACAAUCACGCUCCUCGUCGACUGGGUCAGCAACACGGACGAGAGCAAGCGCGGCACGGGCGUGUACACCGCAUCCUGGGCCGCGCCCCUGAAAGCCGGCGUGCACAGCGAGCAGAGGUUCCACUACAUGGCCUCAAAGGGCGAGGUGCGCGUCGACCAGGCGCACCGCGGCUACAGCGUCACGGAAGACGACACGGGCAAGGCCGACUACAACGUGAGCUACAUGAAGUAUUCGCCGGACGAGGACGGCUUCUUCGACUCGCAAAAGGGCUACGGCUACGUCUCGUUUGAAAAGUUUAUCGACGCGUGUCGCCGCGUCAAUGCCGGACAGGACAAGGCCGCCGAUUUCGAGGGUAAAGGGCUGCCCACUAUUCAGGACACGGUCGUCACGACGGCGAUUCUGAAUGCCGGCCGCAUCUCGCUCGACGAGAAGCGUCCCGUCGAGAUCGUGACCGGCAAGGAUGGAGAGUUGCAGCUCAAGUGA